GUUCCGUGGUGCUUUCGGUGAUCAAACCAACUUUGUCCUCUUCGCGCAGCAGACAGCUUGUCCAUGCACAGCCUCCCAGUGCCUCCCACACAACCUGUUGCUUGGAGGGUUCCAUUGAGUUGAUAUCCCUCAUUCCCUCUCGGCCGCCUUGUCUCACUUAGUCCAUAGUCCUUCCAUUCUCUACCCGUGCGAGUAUCCGUAGCAGUAACAAUCCUUCAGAUUGAUUCCUUGUCUUCUAUCUCUCUGUCUAUCUAUCUGUCUAUCUAUCCAUCUAUCUGUCUAUCGGUCUGUCUGUCUACUAUCUCAAGUUAAGAAGAAAGAAGAAGAAGAAAGAUGAUGAUGAGCAAGCAGGAAGAGCAACCUCCCGGCACCAGCAACGUCACUACGACUGUCGACAAGUCGGACCACAAUGGCGGUGGAAGUGUCGCCAGUAAUAGCAGUGAUGCCAGCAGCGGCGCCGUGCGUCGCGAAGCGCAACAACGAGGCGUCUCCAUGACCAUUUUCUGGAUUCUCGUAUUGGGUUGUGCGACCAGUGCGGCGUUUCUAGGCGUCGGUGUCAGUAGCGCGUUGAAAGAACAAGACGAUCUCUUUCAACGCGCCGCUGUCGAUACGGUCUCCAAACUCCAAGAUGCUUUUGAAGAUUACGUCAAUGCCGUGUCAAUGGUGCACACGCGAUGUCGUCGUCGCAAUUUUUCGCGUCAAGAUUUCCGUGAUCUCUACGAGACACUCCUGCAAAAUGGACUGGCAUUCAAAGCGGUGCAAUUCUAUCCCAAUACCACGCACGAACAACGACCGGCGCGAGAAGCCGAGACACGAGCGUAUUACGCCCAUCACUAUCCGCAUGUCACGUAUCAAGGAUUUCGAGGAUUCAAUAAUUUGGAUGGAUCCGGGGGACUGCAAGUGCGAGACAAUCAGAGUUGGUACUUUCCCGUUCAUUACCAAGAACCCGUGGCCGGCAAUGAAGCUGCCAUUGAUUUGGACUAUCAUUCCAGUGAAGUCCGAAUGCGUGCCGUCAAUGCCGUAUUUGACGAACAAGCGCCGUCGCUCAGUGAUCGAUUGUCGUUGGUACGAACGGCCGGAACUGUCAGUCGAUGUGGCAAUCACAAUGGACCGUCGUAUGGAGUCGUAUUGGCACAUCCCGGAGUCAAUGUGUCGCGGCCUUUUGGACACCGACCCAGUAGUCCACUCAAUGGAGAUGUAUUCUACAAUGCCACUACCAAUGAAACCAUUGUCGAAGGAGCCGUCGAUGAUGGAUUCGUCGAUGAUGUCUGGCCCAGAGAUUUGUCUGCCAUGGUCCUCUGUAUUCCCGAUCUCAUUUCCAGAAGUUCCUACGAACUACAAGAUCAGAGUUCCGCCGUUUACAUUCACGAUCUCAAUCAUCCCAAUGCACAAGAACCCGUCUUUAUGGGAGGCGCCAUUAUUCAAACGGGCCAUAACAUUUCCUUUCUCGAAGAAGUUCCCAUUCAAGAUCUAAAAGCCCCACGCUCCAAGCUCUUGUUUGCGUCCGAUAUCAACGCCGCCAAUCGCGUCUGGACCAUUACCGUCGUCGCACUCGACGGCACGUACGAACCCAAUGUCGUCUUUGUCAUUCUCGGGGGAGUCAUUAUAUUCAUGUCGACCAUGCUAUUGGCGGCAUGGAUCUACACCAAUUCCCGCCGUCUCGCGAAAUGGAAUGAAAUGACGGCCAAAGCCCAAGCCGAAAAGGCGGCACUCAUUUUGCAAAGUGCCCACUCGCAAGCCAAGACGGAACGCGAACUCAAUGACUUUUUGGCACACGAAGUACGAAAUCCUGUGGCGGCCGCCAUGGCCGCGUGUAACUUUGUCUCGGUGGAGGUUAACAAACCGAAUCCACUCCAAAAUGAUGCCAGUCGGGAAUUGGCGCGGGAUGAUUUGAAAAUUAUUGAUAAUGCCCUUCAUUUUGUCAAUGAUUUGCUCCGGAACAUGUUGGAUAUGCACCGGGCGGCUAGUAAACAGUUGGUGGUGACCAUGGUGGCGACGGAUUUGUUGCAUCAUGUCAUGGAACCCGUGGCCGGCAUGUUGCAUCGGCGGGGGAGUAAAAUCAAAUUGCAAAUGGAAUGUCCUCCCAAUCUGAUUGUACUGACCGAUCCACUGCGACUCAAGCAAGUCAUUCUCAAUCUGGGACGCAACAGUUCCAAAUUCAUCGAUGUCGGUUUCAUUCGACUCAAGGCAUUCCUCGUCAAUGGCAUGGCCCGAAUUCAUGUGGAUGAUUCUGGAUGUGGCAUUCCCAAGGACAAACAACGCAAAUUGUUCGAUAAGUAUCAAGAAUCCCUCGAUAAUUUGAGUCAAGGAACGGGGAUUGGACUCUACUUGUGUUUGAAUUUGGUCGAACUCAUGGGUGGAACCAUUCAACUCGAUCCCGAUUAUGACAGUGGCGUGCCGGGGCAUCCCGGAUCGCGCUUUGUCAUUGACUUGAAACAAACCGUCAUUGAACAGCCACUGUUCCUCGAUCACAGUGACUUUCAAAACAAUCUAGAUCAUCAUCGGCCAUCGAACGGAACGAAUCGCGAUGAUGUAUCCUUGCCAUCGACGCUCUACGAACUGCCCGAAAAAAUGUCGGUUCUCUUUGUCGACGACGAUGCCAUUCUCCGCAAGCUAUUCAUGAGGACCAUUGCUACGGUGGUCCCCGAGUGGACUGUUCGAGAAGCGGCCAAUGGGGAAACGGCGUUGCGGCUGACGGAAGAAAAUCACUACGACUUGAUCUUUUGUGACAUGUACAUGGCCAGUGCCGAAAAACAGUUGUUGGGAACCGAAGCGGUGGCGGAACUCCGGAAUCGUGGGGUCCAGAGCAAAAUAUGCGGAUUGAGUGCCAAUGACAAGGAAGCCGAGUUCUUGGCGGCGGGGGCGGAUGCGUUCAUGUUCAAACCAUUUCCCUGCAAACACGACGAGAUUAACGAGGCUCUCUGUCGCGUACUCUUUGACGACCGUAACCUCAAACCGGAUAUGGAGGGUAUGGCCAUUUUUGACUCUUAGGAGACUGCAUAAUUACAAGGCUCGUGAUGUACUUUUUUGACAAGCAGGACCAGGGCGUGGUCAUGAACGAAGCGAACGCUUACAAGAAGAGUGGUAUAGCGGGAUGGGUUGCAACUCAAGAGUCUUGGCAGUCAUUGGUGCUCCCCGGCGGAAGGACGUGGGUGCACUAGUUGAUUCUUUUGACCUCCUUUUGCCAAAUGGGUAGGUCGAAAGGCAUAUUCGAGCAGGUCUGGGUUUGGUAGUCUCGGGAAGCGCCGUUUCAAGCCAGAGCAAGGCGCUGCUGUUGCCUGCUGGAAGCCAGCUAUUCUUUGCGAAUCGAAUCGAAUCCCCACGCAACGCGAUAGUCUCAGGACGAUUGCUGUUGGCCGGAACAUUAUUGCCACCGAUGCAUAUCUUUACAUCUUGAUCGUGUGACCGAACCGUUGCCGUUCGAGGUAGGUGCCGGUUUUACGACAACGUGUAUCAUUCGAGCUAUCUAUUAGAGGACUACAGUAUUAGACAUGUCCCCACUAGCUAGGUCGACAUGGGUAAAAGGUUAGACAGUAGUUGUACG